ACGUGGAGACGAAGAUGGCGGCGGCGGUGACGGCGUUACCCGUGCGGUCGAGGACGGUCAGCCACUGAACUCGGAGACUGGUUCCACUCCGGGAGUGGGGAGCGCCGGCUUUCCCUGCUCCCUGGGCGGCGGAGCUUGAAGUCCCACCUCCCUCUCAACCGACCUUUCCUUCCUACCCCGACCCUCCCUCUAUCUUCCCCCAGCCUUCUCCGCAGAGGCCAUGGAGGACGAGGAGAGACAGAAGAAGCUGGAGUUCGGCAAAGCGAAGCUUGCCCAGUUUCGACAAAAGAAAGCUCAAUGUGAUGGGCUGAAUCCCUCUAAGAAGAAAAAAAGGAAGAAUACUUCAAGCAGUAAACAUGAUGUAUCAGCAUACCAUUCUUUGAAUAUUGAGCAAUCACACAGUGAUGAUUUGUAUAUGAAUAGUUCUCAGGGAGUAGGAUCAGUUGUGACUCCUGAAUCCACAAUAAUGAGAACUUUACACAGUGGAGAAAUAAUCAAACAUGACCAGGUCUUCUCUGUUGAACCGGAAAGUGAAAUUUCAACCGCAGCCGAUGAUUAUAGUUCAGAGGUAAAUGGUUGCAGUUUUGUGGUGAAAACAGGAAAGCCUACAAAUUUAUUAAGGGAAGAAGAAUUUGGUGUUGAUGAUUCUUAUUCUGAACAUGGAGCACAGUACAGUCAGACCCACCUAGAGAUGUUAGAAAAUGAAUUGGUUGGGAAACAGCAUGAAAUUGAAGAGCUAAACAGAGAACUGGAAGAAUUGAGGGCCACCUAUGGGACUGAAGGACUGCAACAAUUACAAGAAUUUGAAGCUGCCAUUAAACAAAGAGAUGGCAUCAUAACCCAGCUUACUGCUAAUUUACAACAAGCAAGAAGAGAAAAGGAUGAGACAAUGAGAGAAUUUUUAGAGUUGACAGAACAAAGUCAAAAUUUACAGAUUCAAUUUCAGCAUUUACAGGCUAGUGAAACUCUGAGAAACAGCACUCAUAGCAGCACAGCUGCAGAUUUACUACAUGCCAAGCAACAAAUUCUCACUCAUCAGCAACAGCUGGAAGCACAAGACCAUCUAUUAGAAGAUUAUCAGAAAAAGAAAGACGACUUCAAAAACCAAAUCAGUUUUUUGCAAGAGAAAAUUAAAGCAUAUGAAAUGGAACAAAAUAAAAGAGUAGAAAGCUCAAAUAAAGAAAUACAAGAAAAAGAGGCAAUCAUUGAAGAAUUAAAUACAAAAAUAAUUGAAGAAGAAAAAAAAACUCAAGAGCUAAAGGAUAAAGUCACAGCUGCUGACAAAUUACUGGAAGAAUUACAAGAACAGAUUGUACAAAAGAACCAAGAGAUAAAAAGCAUGAAUUUAGAGCUGACUAAUUCCAAACAAAAAGAAAGACAGUGUUCUGAGGAAAUAAAACAAUUAAUGGGGACAGUUGAAGAACUUCAGAAGAAAAACCAUAAAGAUAGCCAAUUUGAAACAGAUAUCCUGCAAAGAAUGGAACAAGAAACACAAAGAAAGUUAGAGCAACUCCGGGCAGAGCUGGAUGAGAUGUAUGGGCAGCAGAUAGUGCAGAUGAAGCAAGAAUUAAUAAAACAACACAUGUUACAGAUAGAUGAACUUAAAACACAACAUAAGGGAGAAAUAGAUAAUGCUUUAAGAUCAUAUCCAAAUAUUACAGUUAAUGAAAAUCAAGUCAAGUUAAUGAAUAUGGCAAUAAAUGAACUGAAUAUAAAAUUGCAAGAUACUAACUCCCAAAAGGAAAAACUCAAGGAAGAACUAGGAAUAAUUUCAGGAGAAAAGUCUGCUUUACAAAGACAGCUUGAAGAUCUUUUUGAAGAAUUGAGCUUUUCAAGGGACCAGGUUCAGAGAGCUAGGCAGACGAUAGCUGAGCAAGAAAGUAAACUCAAUGAAGCACAUAAGUCCCUUAGUACAGUGGAGGAUCUGAAAGCUCAGAUUUUAUCUGCAUCUGAGUCCAGGAAGGAACUAGAAUUAAAACAUGAAGCAGAAGUUACACAUUAUAAGAUAAAGCUUGAAAUGUUAGAAAGAGAAAAGAAUGCUGUGUUAGACAGAAUGGCUGAAUCACAAGAAGCUGAAUUAGAGAGACUAAGAACACAGCUUUUGUUUAGUCAUGAAGAAGAACUUUCCAAACUAAAGGAAGAUUUAGAAAUUGAACAUCGAAUAAAUAUUGAAAAACUGAAAGAUAACUUAGGUAUUCACUAUAAACAGCAGAUAGAUGGCUUAACGAACGAAAUGAGUCAAAAGCUAGAAACCAUGCAGUUUGAAAAAGACAAUUUGAUAACUAAGCAGAAUCAACUAAUUUUGGAAAUCUCAAAGCUAAAAGAUUUACAGCAGUCCCUUGUGAAUUCAAGAUCAGAAGAAAUGACACUUCAAAUCAAUGAACUUCAAAAAGAAAUUGAAAUACUCAGACAAGAAGAAAAGGAAAAGGGUACACUUGAACAAGAAGUUCAAGAAUUACAACUUAAAACUGAAUUAUUGGAGAAACAAAUGAAGGAAAAAGAGGAUACGCUUCAAGAAAAAUUUGCACAACUUGAAGCAGAGAAUAGUAUUCUUAAAGAUGAAAAAAAAACCCUUGAAGGCAUGUUGAAAAUAUGUACUCCUGUUAAUCAAGAAGAAAGAUCAGUUUUCAUGGACUCCAUUAAUUCCAAAUCCAAAGAUGGUAGCUGGCAAAAAGAAAUAGAAAUACUGACAGAGGAAAAUGAGGACCUUAAAAAACAAUGUAUUCAACUAACUGAAGAGAUUGAGAAGCAAAGGAACACUUUUUCAUUUGCUGAAAAAAAUUUUGAAGUUAACUAUCAGGAGUUACAAGAAGAUUAUGCUUGCCUUCUCAAGGCAAAAAAUGAUUUAGAAGACAGUAAAAAUAAACAAGAAGUAGAGUAUAAAAGCAAGCUUAAAGCACUUAGUGAAGAGCUUCAUCAUUUCCAAAGAAUAAAUCCAACUACAGCAAAAAUGAAAAGCUCUGUCUUUGACAGCGACAAAACUUUCAUAGCAGAACCAUUGGAAAUUGGUGAGGUGGUUGAGAAGGAUACGACAGAACUUAUGGAAAAACUUGAGGUAACCAAGCGAGAAAAAUUAGAACUGUCAGAGAGACUGUCUGAUCUUUCUGAACAAUUAAAACAGAAACAUGGUGAAAUUCAUUUUCUAAGUGAAGAAGUUAAAUCUUUAAAGCAAGAGAAGGAGAAAGUUUUAUUGAGAUGUAAAGAGCUAGAAAUCAUAAUUAACCAUAAUAGGACAGAAAAUAUGAGGGGAUGUGAUGUUCAGUUAAGCUCUUUAAAAGAUGGAGUUAUGACUAUGACAAGCAGGGAUUCUGAAGGAUCAAUUUCUACAAUUAAUAAAGACUUUGGUGAAUCAAAGGAAAUGGAGGAUGAGAAAAUACCUUUUGAAAAUAGGACUAUUAGGAAAGAAAGCAAGCAAGAACAAUUGUUUUUGGACCACUUGCCAUCAGUGACAAAUGAAUUAUCACUUAGGAUAACUGAACCAAGUGAAAAUGACCAACUUCAGCAGGAACUCAGUGUACUUAAAUCAGAACAGAAUGAUUUACGGCUACAGAUGGAAGCUCAACGUAUAUGCCUCUCUCUGGUUUAUUCAACACAUGUGGAUCAGGUUUGUGAAUACAUGGAAAAUGAAAAAGAUAAAGCUCUUUGCAGUCUUAAAGAGGAACUUAUAUCUGCUCAAGAGGAAAAGAUCAAGGAACUUCAGAAAAUACACCAGUUAGAGCUACAGAAUAUAAAAACACAAGAAACAGAUGAUGAAAUGAAGCCUUUACAAGUGCUCAUUGGAAAACUUCACAAGGCAGUAUCUGAAGAAUGUUCUUAUCUUACACAGACUUUUUGCAAUGUCCUUGGUGAACAUCCUCCUGCUUUAAAAUGCAAAGUAACUGUAGAAGAGAGAGAGAGUUCUGGUGUUCAUACUUCUGAAAAUCAAGAAUUAGAAUUGCAAGAUUGUAAAUAUGAAGUUCAAGACUUUGAAGAAAAUAUGCAAGCUCUUCUCAACAAAGUAACAGAAGAAUACAACAGACUCUUGGUACUUCAGACACGAUUAAGCAAGGUUCAAGGACAGCGCACAGAUCAUGAGAAACUUGAAUGUGCAGAGGAAAACCCACCAAAGGAGGAAACAGUGCUUUUAUCAACCCAUUCUCAGAUGUCUAAUUUGCAAGACAUUGAUGUCAGUCAUAAAAGCAAGUUCUCUACUCUGCAAGAUAUUGAAAAAAUUAAACAACUUGAAGGACAAGUCCAAGAAUUAGAAAACCUAAUAUCCUCUUUGCAGCAACAAUUGAAAGAAACUGAAGAAAACUAUGGGGCAGAGAUCCAUUAUUUGCAGAAAAGGCUUCAAGCUGUUAGUGAAUCCGCAGUUCAGCCAAGCUUCCCCACUGAUUCGAUGGUAAUUACUGAAUCUGAUGUACGGAAAACGGUAUACCAUGGAAGUUGUCUAAAACAGAACAUCGGUGGUACAAUAGAGUCUUCUAGUGGUGAAUUUGGAGUGGAACAGGAAACAAAUAUGGUUAAGUUGCUGGAAAAACAGUAUCAAGAGCGAUUAGAAGAAGAAGUAGCUAAGGUCAUUGUGUCAAUGAGUGUAGCAUUUGCCCAACAAACUGAACUAUCUAGACUAUCUGGAGAAAAAGAAGAUACUACAUCAUCAAAACAAGCACAUUCUCUCUGUCUACAAGAACAACAACGUUAUUUUAAUGAAAUGAAAUUACCACAGGGUCAUGUUGGUUUUCAGACUUUUGAAGCAAUGGACAUGAAAUUUAAAGAAGAAUUUAAACCACUUAGUAAGGAGUUGGGAGAAGAUGGAAAGGAAGUCCUGUUAUCAAACAGUGAUAAUCUUGAUAUACUUGAAUCAGAGGACCAUGAACUGACUGUUUCAGAAGAACUGUUCUCCAAAGAUAAAACAUUUGGAGCCAGAGAAUCUAUCCAUGAUGAAAUUUUGGUAUCAAGCAUGGAUGCUUCUAGACAGCUAAUGUUAAAUGAAGAACAGUUGGAAGAUAUGAGGCAGGAACUUGUCCGACAGUACCAAGAACAUCAGCAGGCAACAGAACUUUUGAGGCAAGCACACAUGCGCCAGAUGGAAAGACAGCGAGAAGACCAGGAACAGCUACAAGAAGAAAUUAGGAGACUGAAUAGACAACUAGCCCAGAGAUCCUCAAUAGAUAAUGAAAACCUGGUUUCAGAGAGAGAGAGGGUGCUUUUAGAGGAGCUGGAAGCACUAAAGCAGCUGUCUCUAGCUGGAAGAGAGAAGCUGUGUUGUGAGCUGCACAACAGCAGUACGCAAACACAGGAUGAAAAUGAAAACCAAGAGGAAGCUGAGGAACAGACCUUUAAAGAAAAGGAAUUGGACAGAAAACUUGAAGAUGUGCCUCCUGACGUUCUGUCAAAUGAAAGAUAUGCACUCCAGAAAGCUAAUAACAGACUUCUGAAGAUCCUCUUAGAAGUUGUAAAGACAACAGCAGCUGUCGAAGAAACAAUUGGUCGCCAUGUCCUUGGUAUUCUAGACAGAUCAAGUAAAGGCCAGUCCUCUGCCUGCCUGAUUUGGAGAUCAGAGGCAGAGGCACCUAUAAAGUCAUGUGUCCAUGAGGAACACACAGGAGUUACAGAUGAAUCUAUACCAACUUACUCUGGAAGUGAUAUGCCAAGAAAUGACAGUAGCAUGUGGUCAGAAGUAACUGAGGAAGGAACAGAGCUGUCACAGCGGCUCAUGAGGAGUGGUUUUGCUGGAAUUGAAAUAGAUCCUGAAAAUGAAGAAUUUAUGCUGAAUAUUAGCUCUAGACUACAAGCAGCAGUUGAAAAACUCCUAGAAGCCAUAAGUGAAACUAGUAGUCAGCUCGAACACGCAAAAGUUACACAGACAGAGUUGAUGCGUGAGUCAUUUAGACAGAAACAAGAAGCAACCGAGUCCUUUAAGUGCCAAGAGGAACUGCGAGAGCGCCUUCUGGAGGAGUCCAGGGCCAGAGAGCAGCUGGCUGUGGAGCUCAGUAAGGCCGAGGGUGUCAUUGAUGGCUAUGCAGAUGAAAAAACUUUUUUUGAAAGGCAAAUUCAGGAAAAAGCUGAUAUAAUAGAUCGACUUGAGCAGGAGUUAUUAUGUGCAAGUAAUAGAUUACAAGAACUGGAAGCAGAACAACAGCAAAUCCAAGAAGAAAGAGAAUUACUGUCCAGACAGAAGGAGGCUAUGAAAGCAGAGGCAGGCCCAGUUGAACAGCAAUUACUACAGGAGACAGAAAAACUAAUGAAGGAAAAACUAGAAGUACAGUGUCAAGCUGAAAAAGUACGUGAUGACCUUCAAAAACAAGUGAAAGCUCUAGAAAUAGAUGUUGAGGAACAAGUCAGUAGGUUUAUAGAGCUGGAACAAGAAAAAAAUGCUGAACUAAUGGAUUUAAGACAGCAAAACCAAGCACUGGAAAAGCAGUUAGAAAAAAUGAGAAAAUUUUUAGAUGAGCAAGCCAUUGACCGAGAACAUGAGAGAGAUGUAUUCCAACAGGAAAUACAGAAACUAGAACAGCAGCUUAAGGUUGUACCUCGAUUCCAGCCAAUCAACGAACAUCAAACAAGAGAGGUUGAACAGUUAACAAAUCAUCUGAAAGAAAAAACAGACAAGUGCAGUGAGCUUUUGCUCUCUAAAGAGCAGCUUCAGAGGGAUAUACAAGAACGGAAUGAAGAAAUUGAGAAACUGGAGUUCAGAGUAAGAGAGCUGGAGCAAGCCUUACUCAUUAGUACAGACACUUUUCAAAAGGUAGAGGACCGAAAACAGUUUGGUGCUGUAGAAGCUAAAGCAGAAUUGUCCCUGGAAGUACAGUUGCAGGCUGAGAGAGACGCCAUAGACAGAAAGGAAAAAGAGAUCACAAACUUAGAAGAACAGUUAGAGCAGUUUAGAGAAGAACUGGAAAAUAAGAAUGAAGAAGUCCAGCAACUACAUAUGCAAUUAGAAAUACAGAAAAAGGAAUCUACUACCCGCCUACAAGAACUUGAACAAGAAAACAAAUUAUUUAAGGAUGAAAUGGAGAAACUGGGAUUUGCUAUAAAGGAAUCUGAUGCUAUAUCUACUCAGGACCAUCAUGCACUCUUUGGGAAAUUUGCUCAAAUAAUGCAGGAAAAAGAGGUAGAAAUUGACCGAUUAAAUGACCAAAUUACAAAACUUCAGCAGCAACUUAAAAUUACAGCAGAUAAUAAGGUUAUUGAAGAAAAAAAUGAACUGAUAAGGGAUCUUGAAACCCAAAUAGAAUGUUUGAUGAGUGAUCAAGAACGUGUGAGGAAAAAUAGAGAGGAAGAAAUCGAGCAGCUUAAUGAAGUGAUUGAAAAACUUCAACAGGAAUUGGCAAACAUUGAACAAAAGACAUCAGUGCAUACUAAUUCUCUCCCAGAAGAAGCAGAUAGUUUAAAACAUCAGCUGGAUAUGGUAAUAGCUGAAAAACUGGCUUUGGAACAGCAAGUAGAAACCACUAAUGAAGAAAUGGCCUUUACAAAAAAUGUACUUAGAGAAACCAAUUUAAAAAUGAACCAGUUAACACAAGAAUUGUGCAGCUUAAAGAGAGAACAGGAAAAUAUGGGGGAAAUCCAAAGUAUACCAUCGAAAAGUGUUAAUGUGGGUGUCAAUGAUCUAAGCAAAAAGAAACCUGAACUAGAAGUAGUCCUUACUGAGGGUGCUCUUCAACCCCUAGAAAAUCAGACUUACCUCACAUCUUUGGAAGGAAACAGCAGAGUUUCCAUAAACAGUUUGGAAACAGAGGUGCUACAACUUGAGAGCACUGUGAGUGCAAAAAACUUAGAACUUACCCAGUGUUACAGACAAAUAAAGGACAUGCAAGAACAAGACCUGGCUGAAAAAGAAAUGCUUAAAAAGAAGAUUGUAGACCUACAGACAGUACUUGAGGAAAAUGUUGCUGCUGCUGUUGUGAGUCAGGUCCAACUUGAAGCAGUUAAGGAAUAUGUAAAAUUCUGUCAAAGUGAACAAGUGAGUUCAUCAGAGCCCAAAAGACCAAAUAUACAGAAUUUAAAUCAACUCACAGAAAAUGAGAUGAAGUCAAAUAUAUCAGCGUUAACCUUGAGAAUAUCAGAAUUAGAAAGCCAGGUGGUUGAAAUGCAGACUAGUUUGAUACUAGAAAAAGAACAGGUAGAAAUUGCAGAGAAAAAUGCUUUGGAAAAAGAAAAGAAGCUACUAGAACUACAGAAGUUAUUGGAGGACAGUGAAAAAAAACAGGCAGGCAAAGAAAGGAAAAGAAGCCCUCAAGGAGAUUUUGAAGUUUCCAAGACAAUUCAUACCAAUGAAGAAAGUGGAUUUUUUGUUCAGCUUGAGGCUCUCAGAGCUGAGUCUGCAGCUACCAAAGAAGAACUUGCCAGUUAUAAAGAAAAGACAGAAAAACUUCAAGAAGAGCUUUUGGUAAAAGAAACAAAUAUGGCAUUUCUCCAGAAAGAUUUAAGCCAAGUUAGGAAUCAACUCACAGAGGCAAAAGAGAAGUUAUCCUACUUCUUAGAAAAAGAAGAUAAGACUAAGGAGCAAGAAAACAGAGAGCUCUGCAUAUUAGAGCCAUUUCCUACUAAAGAGGGUAAAAGCACUGCAUCCCAGACAGACAGGACUCUCAAGGUCAAUAGCAGCAAUCAGACUCCACAAAUCCAUGUCAGAAAUGCAGGGAUCCAAAUUGAUUUACAGAGUGAAUGUCCAUCAGAAGAAGUUACUGAAAUAAUCACUCAGUUUACUGAAAAAAUUGAGCAAAUGCAAGAGCUACAUGCUGCUGAAAUUUUGGAUAUGGAAUCCAGACAUAUUUCAGAAACUGAAACCUUAAAGAGGGAACACUAUGUUGCUCUUCAGUUAUUGACAGAAGAAUGUAGCUCCUUGAGGGCAGUGAUACAGUGUCUGAAGUCUAAAGAGGGAUCCUCAGUUCCUGAAUUAACACAUUCUGAUGCUUACCAAACUAGAGAAAUAUGUUCUAGUGAUUCUGGAUCAGACUGGGGUCAGGGAAUUUACCUUACACAAAGUCAGGGAUUUGACUCAGCAUCAGAAGGUCGAGGAGGAGAAGAAGGAGAAAGUUCAGCAGAUUCAUUCCCAAAGAAAAUAAAGGGAUUACUGAGAGCUGUCCAUAAUGAAGGCAUGCAGGUGCUCUCUCUCAGCGAGUCUCCCUACAGUGAUGGAGUGGACCAUGGUGUUCAACAAGUUUCAGAAUCUUGGCUAGAAGAGAGAAAAGCUUACCUCAGUACAAUCUCAUCUCUUAAGGAUUUAAUUACCAAAAUGCAGGUGCAAAGAGAAGCUGAGGUUUAUGAUAGUUCUCAAUCGCAUGAGAACUUCUCAGACUGGCGAGGUGAACUUCUGCUUGCCCUUCAGCAGGUUUUCUUAAAGGAGCACAAUGUCUUACUGGCUGCAUUUCAGACCGAACUGACAGCUCUAGGCACUAGAGAUGCAGCUGGAUUAUUAAAUUGUUUGGAACAGAGAAUACAAGAACAGAGUGUUGAAUACCGAGCAGCUAUGGAAUACCUUCAGAAAGCAGAUAGAAGGAGUUUGUUAUCCGAAAUUCAAGCACUGCAUGCUCAAAUGAGUGGUAGAAAAAUGGCUCUGAAGAGAGAACAAGAGAGUGAUCAACCAAGCCAAGAACUUCUGGAAUACAAUAUACAGCAGAAGCAAUCUCAAAUGCUAGAGAUGCAGGUGGAGCUCAGCAGUGUGAAAGACAGAGCAGCAGAACUACAGGAACAGCUGAGUUCUGAGAAACUGGUGGUUGCUGAACUGAAGAGUGAGCUUGCACAGACUAGGCUGGAACUAGAAACAACACUUAAGGCACAACAUAAGCAUCUAAAGGAAUUAGAGGCCUUCAGGUUGGAAGUUAAAGAUAAAACAGAUGAAGUACAUUUGCUUAGUGACACAUUAGCAAGUGAACAGAAAAAAUCCAGAGAGCUCCAGUGGGCUUUGGAAAAAGAGAAGGCCAAACUGGGGCGCAACGAAGAACGAGACAGAGAAGAACUUGAGGAUCUGAAAUUUUCACUGGAGAGUCAGAAACAAAGGAACAUUCAGCUAAAUCAACUUUUGGAGCAACAGAAUCAACUACUAAACAAAUCACAGCAGGAAAUAGAAUCACAAAGAGUGCUGUAUGAUGCCCAGCUAACAGAAGAACGAGGUCGAAACUUAGAGCUUCAAGUGCUGCUUGAAUCCGAGAGAGUCCGGAUUCGGGAGAUGAGCAGUGCCCUGGACAGGGAGCGGGAAGUGCACGCACAGCUGCAGCGGAGCAGCGAUGACACGGGGCAGCCUCGGCCCUCCUUGCCCUCUGAGGACCUCCUCAAAGAGCUGCAGAAGCAGCUAGAGGAGAAACACAGCCGCAUAGUAGAAUUGUUAAAUGAGACUGAAAAAUACAAACUGGAUUCUUUGCAGACAAGACAGCAAAUGGAAAAGGAUAGGCAGGUUCACAGGAAGACGUUGCAGACAGAACAAGAGGCCAACACAGAAGGACAGAAGAAAAUGCAUGAGCUCCAGUCCAAAGUGGAAGACCUUCAGCGUCAGCUGGAAGAGAAGAGACAACAAGUUUAUAAGUUAGACCUUGAAGGAAAGCGACUGCAAGGAAUUAUGCAAGAAUUCCAGAAGCAAGAACUGGAACGAGAAGAAAAGCGAGAAAGUAGAAUUCUGUAUCAGAAUCUUAAUGAGCCAACCACAUGGAGUUUAACCAAUGAUCGAACUAGAAAUUGGGUUCUUCAACAAAAAAUAGAAGGAGAGACAAAGGAAUCAAGCUAUCCUAAACUGAUUGAAAUGAAUGGCAGAGGAACCAGCUAUAAUCAUGAAUUAGAAAUAAUCAAACAAAAGCUUCAACAUGUGGCUUCAAAACUACAGCACCUCGCCCAGAAAGCCUCCAAUAGACUACAGUUUGAAGCAGCAGAUGAUGAAGAUUUCAUUUGGGUUCAUGAAAAUAUUGAUGAAAUUAUUUUACAACUACAAAAAUUAACUGGCCAGCCAAGCAAAGAGCCUAUCUUAGUACCCCCAAGUACCUCUUGUGGCUCAUUAACUGAAAGACUACUGAGACAAAAUGCUGAGCUAACAGGACAUAUCAGCCAACUGACCGAAGAAAAGAAUGAUUUAAGAAACCUGGUUAUGAAGCUGGAAGAGCAGAUCAGGUGGUAUCGACAGACAGGAGUUGGCAGAGAUUACCCUUCUAGGUUUUCAUUCAAUGUUGGUGCCAACAUUGAAGCCAUCAUUGCUUCUGAAAAAGAAGUCUGGAAUAGAGAAAAGUUGGCUCUUCAAAAAUCCUUGAAGAGGGCAGAAGCUGAAAUAUACAAACUGAAAGCUGAACUAAGAAAUGAAGCUUCACUCCAGACCCUGAGCCCUGACCCCGAGCACGCCAGUGUAAAGAAAAUUUAUGGUAAAUACCUGAGGGCAGAGAGUUUUCGGAAAGCUCUCAUUUACCAGAAGAAAUACCUGCUGCUGUUACUCGGUGGCUUCCAGGAAUGUGAAGAGGCCACCCUGGCUCUGCUCGCCCGGAUGGGGGGGCAGCCAGCCUUCAAGGAUCUAGAGGUGAUCACCAACCGUCCGAAGGGCUUCACCAGGUUUCGGUCGGCUGUCAGAGUGUCCAUGGCAAUUUCAAGAAUGAAAUUUUUGGUUCGACGAUGGCAUCGCGUCACAAGUUCUGGUUCCAUCAACAUUAACAGGGAUGGCUUUGGACUGAAUCCAGGUGCUGAAAAGACUGACCUAUUUUAUCAUUCUGCUGGUGGCCUGGAACUGUAUGGAGAACCAAGGCACGCUACCUAUCGUUCAAGAUCAGAUCUGGACUAUCCGAGGUCUCCUUUACCAUUUCAAAAUAGGUACCCAGGCCCUCCAGCUGAUUUUAACCCUGCUUCCUUAGCAUGUUCCCAGCUUCAGAAUUAUGACCCCGACAGAGCCCUGACAGAUUAUAUCACUCGGCUAGAGGCACUGCAAAGACGGCUUGGAACUGUGCAGUCAGGUUCAACUCAUUUUCAUGCUGGCAUGAGAAGAUAAUCCUUUGAAAUCGAAGUGAUUUUAAACAAAUUCCCUUUUGUAAUCCAAUGGUUCUUUUGUGCUUUUGUAUUGUGGAUAUUCAACGGGACCAACAUGAACACAGCUUAUGAUUGUAUACAAAUCCCUUGCCAGCACAUGAAAACAAACUGGAAGUUGUACAUAGAAGCAUUGUGUAUGUAUUCAUGCACAAUAGUCCUUAAAUUACAUGUGUAUUUGUGGAAUGCUAAUUUAAAUGGUUAAAUUAUAAACCUGGUGUAUUUAUCAAAUGGGUGAAAAGAUUAAACUUUUGCGCAUUAUGACACUGCUGAAUGUGUGGCUUGAGGUGUCCUGCACUUUUCUUAUAAGGCUACUGAAGUUACCUGUUUCUGCCUAAUAUAUUUGCUACUGGUGAUGAUGACAGAUAUCACUUGUAGAGACCUAUUUUUGUAUAAUGGUAGAAGUUUUGACUUUUAUGGGGUAUUUUGUCAAGUACUGAAAUAAAAAUGAC